CGACUUGAAGUACCCUACAUCAAUAAUUCUAUUGGUGGACCCUCUGUUCGCAGUGCUUAUAUAGCAUCCCUCUACUUUACCCUCAGCAGCUUGACUAGCGUGGGUUUUGGUAAUGUCUGUGCAAAUACAGAUGCUGAGAAGAUCUUCUCCAUUUGCACUAUGUUAAUAGGAGCUCUGAUGCACGCUGUAGUUUUUGGUAAUGUAACAGCCAUAAUCCAACGUAUGUACUCCCGACGUUCCCUUUAUCACACCCGCAUGAAGGACCUCAAGGAUUUUAUCCGUGUUCACCGCCUUCCUCAACAGCUC